AUGCCUGCCGCAACACCAACAACCGUCCCCUCGCAGGCCUCAACCACCUCAACCUCAUACUCCUCGACAUCAACUCUCGGCUCGCCGCCCACGACCCUCUCCUCAUACAACAACACCAUGCUCUCCUACACACGCGCGCAAUUCCAACAGUUCCGCGACACAGCUUCAACUACAGCACCUGAGCUAGGCGAGACGAGGGAUAGCUCCAGCACCGCCGGGACAACAUCGAGUAGUGGGUCAGUCCCCAGGAAAAGGAAUGAAGGUCCCGAGUCACCGGUUGCUGCGCAUGAUUUUGCGUCGGGGAGGAAAGGUUGA